AUGGGCCCCGAUACAAAACACUUCGCAAACAUCAAGAUUCUUAACAAGAAAAGCUCACCUCCCACUAAGGAACACAUCCGACCCAGGAAACCUCAAAUUAUAGUCCCACCAGCGCAAAACCUGCCCAACGGUGAGAAGCCAAACUUCGGCAAGUCUGCGAAGCAACACCGAGAACCCAGUGAACGCACUUCCAAGGCAAGACACGAUGAUGCCAAAGCGACGAUGGUCACGGUCAACAUAGAUGCCUUUCUGAGCGAUAAGUCCCCUAAAAAAAACUCGUCCAAGAAUAAAAAGAAAAAAUCAAAACACCACCACAACGCGGCGGAGGUGGUCGACUCCAAACCGCAUGGAGCCGCCAAUGCCGUGUUUGCUGGUGCUUCUUUCACGACUGAUAUCCCACAUGAAGCAGCGUUACCCAAGCCUAGUUUUGUUUGA